AGAAGAUGAUAAAACUCUUUUCUUCGAUGAAAACCACAACAACACUUGACUCAUCGAAUCGCUAUGGCUGCACAGUCGUCAAUUUCGCAACCGCCGCUUCCACUCGCCGGCCGAGUCGCCAUAGUCACUGGAUCGUCCCGUGGUAUCGGGCGAGCUAUAGCGAUUCACCUCGCUGAACUCGGUGCGAGGAUUGUCGUCAACUACACCAGCAAAUCCGCCGACGCCGAGCGUGUCGCGGCGGAGAUCAAUGAUUUUCCAGCCAGGGAAGAAAUCACCGGAAAGGGACCAAGAGCGAUCGUGGUUCAGGCCAACGUCUCCGAGCCAAGCCAGGUGAAAUCGCUGUUCGAUGCGGCGGAGAGCGCCUUCGAGUCGCCGGUUCAUAUUCUUGUUAACUCGGCUGGAAUCCUCGAUGCUAAGUACCCUUCGAUCGCAGACACUACAGUAGAAGAUUUUGAUCGCACUUUUAGCGUCAACACAAAAGGGUCGUUCCUGUGCAGCAAGGAAGCUGCCAAUAGGCUAAAACGAGGAGGCGGUGGUCGGAUCAUACUCCUGACAUCUUCCAUGACCCGAAACUUAAAGCCAGGAUACGGAGCCUACGCAGCAUCAAAGGCAGCUGUGGAAACGAUGGCCAAGAUUCUUGCAAAGGAGCUCAAAGGAACAGGAAUCACGGCUAACUGUGUUGCUCCGGGACCCAUCGCCACUGACAUGUUCUUUGAAGGAAAGAGUGCAGAGUUAGUCCAGAAGACAGUCGAAGAGUGUCCCCUUGGGAGGCUCGGCGAGGUCAAAGACGUGGUGCCUCUUGUUGGGUUCUUGGCUAGUGAUGGUGGCGAAUGGGUCAAUGGUCAAAUCAUUGCUGUUAAUGGUGGAUAUGUGUAAAGCGUUUGGUCUUGAGAGACCUCUUUUGAGGCCUGUUGUUUGCAAAUGUAGGGGUUAAGUUUUAGGAUUGAAACAUUUGAGGUUCAAUCAGAAUAAUAACCCAUCAUGAUUUGUGAAUUUUGUGAAUUUGAAUCAAACCGAAAGAAAUAUCACUUUGGGCCAACUCUCUAUUUGGCUUCGUAUCUGAAGAAACGAGAAGAGGAUUUGGGCUGAAAUCUGUUGAAACCGAAC